UCAACUGCAAAAAACCUUACCAUUUCGCUGUGAUAGACAUAUAACGUUAGCCUUGCUCUAACCUGCCUAAGAGUGGCCACGACUGCUGAAAAACCCUAACUCCCUUCCCGCGCCUUUCUCUUCAAUCUUCUCCGCCGUCUCUCUCCCCAGAAAAUGGUUUCACAGUGGGGAAUCAAGUUCGCCGUUCAUCUCAUCACCGCCCAUUUCGGCAAAAUCGUCGCCAAUGUUGCUGAAAAACUACUUAACAAUGGACCUCUCACGUUGGAAUUGGUUACUCGCUACACCGAACUUUCCAAUGAGCAUGUUAAGAACUCAUUGCUUGUCCUAAUUCAACACAAUUGUGUUCAAGCAUUCACUGAAGCUGGGGAUGAAGACGGGUCGAGAGUUGUUAAGCCGAAGUACUUGGUGUUGUUUGAUAACAUAGUCCAUCGACUGAGAUUUCCGAAAUUCAUGGAGAUAGUGUCGCAGGAACUUGAUGAUAAGUGUGUAACGAUUCUCAAGGGAUUGCUCCGCGAUGGUAGACUUACCUUGAAACAAUUGGUUGACAUGGGUCAAGAUAAAGAAAAUGCAAUGGCUCCAGAUGCUGUACGAGAGAGCCUUUGUAGACUUCUUAGAGCCCGAUACGUUGAACGUUGCCCAGUCCCCGAGGCUAAAAUAGUUGAAGAAAAGGGAGAUGAUAAGAAGGGCCGUUCUACUUCUAAUAAGAAGGCCAGGGUUUUCAAAGUGCCAGAGGAACAUCGUGUUGUGGAAGCUGCAAAGCGUGGGGAUAUGAUCAGAUUUUCACUUACUGCAUAUACAGGAUGUAGUAGUGAUGGAGAAACAAAGCUAGCUGAUAUAAGUGUUGCAGAAAAUGUUGCAAAAGAGGAGUCAUUUCUUUGGCGUGCAAAUUUUGAGGAGUUCAUACGUUAUCUUAGGGACAAGGCAUUGAUUGAGAAUGUAAGAGCACGGAUGGAUGAUGGAGCUGCUACUGUCCUAAGUGCAAUUUUGGAGGCAACAAGAAAUAUAGAUAAAAACGUGAAAAUUGAACAAUCAGCUCCCUGUACACUGGAUACAAUUUCCUCAGAGGUUAUGAAGACUGAAAAUGGCCGAACUAUGACCAUGGAUCGUGUUAAAGCUGCUCUUGUUCAGUUGGGUUGUGCAAACCAGAAUAUUGUUGAUUUUAAGCGCAUUAUUCAUCUGGCUCGAAAUGAAGAGGUUGAGUCAAUUGUGUUAAAAAGGUAUGGAAGAGAUGCCUACCGAAUGUUCAGGCAUCUGUUAAAGGAAAAUCAGUUUCGUCCGACAGAUCAGAUUGCGGAGGCUACUCUUGUUGAGAAAAAGGAAGCUCCAAAGUUACUGUUCAAGUUAUGGAGGGAAAACUACUUGCAGAUGGAGAAAUUAACUGUCAGCAUGACAUCUCAGAAUGGGACAUCUCCAAUUUUAAUGUGGAAAGUUAAUCAGCCUCUGCUUUGGGAACAUGUUCUAGACGAGAUGUACCACGGUGCCUUAAAUUUGAAACUAAGAAUGGCUUUUGAGGAGGAAAAGGAUGAAGAGAUUUUGAAUAUAAGUAAGAAGACACGUAAUGAGUCCGCGCCACUGCAGAAGAAAUACGAACGGCUACGAAAUGUUUUGCUUCUCUUGAAAUCAUCAUUGAUGAAACUUGAUGAUGCUCUUAUGCUUUUCCAUGACUUCUGAAUAUAAAUUUUGGGACAGUUAAUGUGACUUCUUCAGAGGAAUAACAAAUUCGAUAUUUUAUAAUCCAACCUUACUCCGAAUACAAUCGGAUUAAAUUUAGCUAAAAAUAUGGAUUUUGAUGUAAUUGGUUGGUAUUUAACUUUUAGUAGCAGAUAUUUAAUUUCUUUUUGUGUUGGUUAA